UAUAGUAAUUGAAAAGUAUUGUAAAAACUUUAUAUUAAUCUUUAUUUCUUUUUCCAACAGUUACGUACGGCAUUGAUAGGUUGUCCUUCUGGGAUAACCAGUAUACCAGAUAUGGACAACAGUAUGGAGUGACAUUUCUAAUGGCACCACCACCGCGAUAUUUCACGCUCGGUAUGCCGCAGCCCCCGCUGCCACCCCCACUAUUUGUCGUGGGCAUACCACAGGCCCCGCCGCCAUCACCAGUCUCCGCGGCGGGCAUGACCGAACCCCCGCCGCCACCACCUGUUUUCGCGGCGGCCGUCCAGCAGCCCUCGCCGCCACCGCCAACUUUCGCGGCGGCCAUGGAGCAGCCGCAAUGCAAGAAUGUGAGUAACAGGCGGCGGCGGCAGCGGCAAAAUAGACGCCGCAGAAGGACCGCGGCAAGAGAUGUACUACUAACGCGGCCUCCACUCGCGAGAACGCAACAAGAGAGACGACAGGGGCCGAUAAAUAAAUAUAUUUAUAUAACGCAAAGUUUUUAAAAAAAUAAAAUAAAAUAUGGGUAAUAUCAUCAAGUGUAUAUUAUCUUAAUUUGUGUUUCCCAUAUACACCCUAGUCCAGAAGUUCCCUAACUUUUUAGACCCGCGGCUCCCUUAGUAUACAGAUUACAAUGUCCAACAAAUUUAAACUUUUUUUAAAUUCCGCGAUAUCCACUAGGUAAUUCUAAUAGUGUUCCUCGUCCUAAAUACAAAUCUGAAGACAUAUUCCUUCAGAAUUAUCUGCUUUUUUGAAUGCCUGUAAAUGAACG